AUGGCUGGGCCAGGCCGCUCUGAGCCGGGUCAGCCCCUGCAGCCCCCUUUCGGCGUCCCGGGGCUCAUGCUCGCCCCCAAGGCCGCGCGGCUGCUGCCGGGGUUACGGGCUCGCCUCCGCCGAGGCCACGGCCCUCAGUCCCCGGCGUCUGUCCGUCGGUCAGUAGCCGGGAUGACGGGCCCCGCCUCCGGUGAAGUCGCGCUCCGGCCGGCACUGGGGCGAGGUGUCGGUGGUUCCCUUCUCGCUGAACUCACGGAGGCAAAUCCAGGCCGGAAGGCGGAGCAGACACCUGAGCGGCGCGCCCGCGCCCCGCCGCCGCCGCCGCCGCCGCCGCCGCCGCCGCCACCGCCACCGCCACCUCCUCGGCGGGAGCAGUGUCCCUCGCCAACUUCCCGCUCCGGCCCCGCUACGCCCAGGCCGGCUCAUGAAUAUUUAUACGGCGCGGACUCCGUCUCCGCCCGCGGCCGGCGCGCCAAUCCUGGGCUCGGGGCGGAGUCUGCGCGCUCCCCAGGCCCCGCCUUCCUGGGGCGGACCCGCCUGUCCCCUCGGCGUUGCGCGCUGUCUGCGGCUGGAGUUUGGAUAACCUUGGGGUUGACCGCAGAGACGGGUUUUGCCACGAACGUCCCCGCGGCGCUCUGUGGGGCUGAGGUCGGGGUUUCUUCACCCCGAGUCUGCGCUUGGGAACUGGGGAAGAUUCUUUAUGCAGCGCGCGCUUUCAGAGGCCAGUUUCGAACUACCUCCUCCUCCCCGUGGGAGGCGGCGCCGGGCCCUGGCGCGGACGCGCGGACACGUCUCCGCGGUGUUCCCGGGGCCGAGCGGCUGGGGACGCGGCCAGCGAGCGAGGCCCCCGCCAGCUCGUAG